AUCGACCUCUCAGCUAAACUGUUCGUCAAUGUCUUAUCAAUAUGUGACGAUGAAAGGCGACGUGUUGGAAAGAAAACAAAACAAGAUCCAUGCGAAGCAGGUCAGGAUAUUCAAACAGUCGGAAUAUCGUAAGCACUUGACGGCGUAUUCGCACGCAGAAGUCGCAUAAGUCGCACGCCGAAGUCCGGACAUUUUGACGUAUCGUCAAAUCAAAGAAUUUAACCAAGGAUCUUCUCUUGCCUGAAACAAUGCUCACCAUUUUCACGUCCCUUCUUUUAACGAGUGGCAUGGCUACGGCUUGGGCGAUACCGAUAAACGACGAACAACAACAGAACAACAAAGAUGUUAUGUCGAUACUACCGGAUCUGUACAAGUGUGAGAGGGAAAGAUACGCUGUGCAAGAUUGCCUACCAUCCAGCAUGCUCUCGAUAAAGUCAUAUUUAGCCGAUGGCAUCCAGGAUUUGAAUGUGGUGCCAUUCGAGCCUUUUUACGUACAUGAAUUGCCGCUCAACUUUGCACAUACAAGGAUAAGAAGAAUGACGUUUUUUAAUAUGACCAUCUAUGGACUAACGGACUACAAGAUAAAUAACGUCGUAACUAACGACGAAGUGAGCACAAUCACAUUUGAAGCGUACUUCCUAAGACUCUCUACGCACUCUUGCUACGACAUAGACUACUUGCAGCAUGAUCAAUACCUUACGAUAAACGGUGACCGUAUGAACAUGCAUUUUUCGGAUGUCACUGCUACCAUCUGCAUAAAAGGUGUAUUUUAUAACAAUACAAAUGGAAAGGAAAUGUUUCGGGUGAGCAAGGUCUUGGUAAAGUUCUCCGUAAAGAACGCAGAGUUCUAUGCAUAUCCGCCGAACCCAAACGACGUCAAAACAGUCAACUCGAUGAAUGAUUAUAUGAACAAUAACUCGAAAGAAAUGGCGAAAGAUGCAAGGCUCGAAAUUAAUACGAUAGUUGCGGCUAUUAUCGAGGAAACAGCCAAUAACAUCUAUACGAAAUUCCCGAUUGAAACGCUUAUGCCUGACUAUCGACCUAUCUGAUUAUUGAGCUCGUCACCGUUUUAUCUCCACGAUCUCUGCUGCUACGUUAUUCAGUGAUAACCAUUAUUCGCCAGCACAAUUAAUUGUGCGCAAAUUAUUCCUGCCGAGCGUACACAUUAGUUUACGAAACGCCUUCUUCGGUCAAGUUAUUACGCGCAUUAAAUGAUUAUGAAUGCCAGCAACUGCUCGCGGGCUUUCACGGCAAACGUUUGCGACAAGAAUCGAAUGAUGCUGUAUAAUGUAAAUAAUGUAUCUUUAUUAUAUUUUCAUUUGAUAGGUAAAAAUAUAAUAAAAAUACUCGCAUCAUUCGCGAGUACCACGUUAAGUUUAUUACGUCGGACGUCGCGUCAUAUACGCACUAUCAUUUCGGUUUUGUUGUCAUCGAUCAUCGCGCAAGUUCGUGAGCAGCGUCUUGUAAUCAAAAUAAAUUUCGUCUCUAACUUUAUCGGAAAAAGCAACUGCAAACCGAUGCACGAAGAAGACUACACUUCGAAUACAGUCUGGACACCUUUCUCAAUUACAAUUUGCAACACAGUUGAUAGUUCAAUGAAAGAACUUGUUUUUAACAAUCAAUUCCCAGAAGUUAAGUUCCUUCACUGCAUCAUCCAUACUGUGCUGCAAACUGCAUCCAGAGAAAACGUCCAAACUUCGCACGAUAAAGUCAAGUGUCAAAUUACCGCGAAAGUAAGUAUCGUGUAUUCUCGGGGACAUCAGGAAGUAAAACGGAUGACUAAAUUCAAAAUCUUUCCACACACAGGACUAAAUAAAAAUCCCACUAACACGUUCGCAAUGUUGACAUUUUAUUAACACGAAAGCGGACUAAGUGUACGGAUUAUUUGUACCUUGAAAAAACAUAAUAAAGAGUUACGUACGUAAUAAGU